AUGACGGGCCGGGUCCCCAAUGUCUGGGCCGCCAUCAUCAUCCCAGUGCCCGCGAGUGCCCUCGCGCUGGUGCUGAGGAUUAAGGCGCGGCGCAUGACAAAGAUGGGCCUUGGCUAUGACGAUGCCUUGUCCAUCGCAGCUUGGUUUGUGUCUUUUGCUUAUUCAGUUCUUCUCAUCGUGUGGACCACGCACUUCUACAUGGGUCGCAAAAUCGGGCAUCUACCCGACGCCAAAAUCGACUACAUCCUCGAGAAAUCGCACCAGAUUCUCUUCGUCAGCGAAAUACUCUAUUCAUGGGCCAUCUUUCUCUCCAAGAUGGCUGUACUCACAUUUUACCGUCGCAUCUUCCGACUCGCAUCUAUCCGCAUACCUAUCAUCGUCCUCAUGGUAUGCUGUGCAUGCUGGAUCACCAUCAGAACCUUCAUGACCAUCUUUCACUGCAUACCCGUUCAAGCAUAUUGGGACAAGUCGAUUGAUGGGCGCUGCCUAACCAAUAUUGGCAAAUAUUAUCUCGGCACUGACUUGACUCACUGUUUAAUGGACUUCAUCAUCCUUGCUCUACCUCUUUGGGAAGUUGUCAGGAUGAGAUUGAUCUUUGGGCAAAAGAUUGCUGUUGUUUGUAUCUUCAGCAUUGGUUCCGUAGUCGGAAUUGCCUCAAUAUUUCAAAUCGUCGAAGCACAACGAUACACAGCCAAUUCCAGAGAAUUUCCUUUCGAGUUCUCCUUGGCCAUGGUAUGGGCCAACGUCGAAGUUCACCUGGCCGUCUUUACCAGUUGUCUUGCUCUGCUCCGUCCGAUCUUCCGCAAAUUCAUCCCAGGCCUUUCCUCAGGCCACACAACCUACCCCAGCAACGGCCUCAGCCACGCCAGCAAUACUCGCACCCGCACGCGCUCUAUCGCGAUGCAAAGGUCGCGCAGCCCGCGAGACAUCGAGCAGGUUAUCGAGGGACAACGUGGGUACGAUUCUCUGGACUACGAUGCGUUCGGCUUACCAGGCACCAAAGACAUCAACUCCAUCUCUAGGCAAGGCUUCAUGCAGCAGAGUGAACAACACAUGACGGGAUCUUCGGGUAGGGGUUCUAUGUCGUCGCAGAAUAGUGUCCGGUGA